AUGGUUUCUGAAGCUGAGGUUCUUACGGCUUUCCUUCUUGAGAGGCUUGAUUUCGACGAGCUGUUUCCAGAGGGAAAGUUCAGCAAGAACUUCAACAACGCCCCAGAUGAGAUGGUACAGGAGUUUCACAAGACUUUGAAGAGAAGGUAUUUGAGAAGGCUCGACAGAGUCAAUGCCGUUGUUCAACAGAUUUCGAAUGACGAAGCCAAGCGGAUCAAAAUCUCUGAAGAAGAGUUAGCAAAGAACAAGACGGCCAAAGCUGACACCGAUGAUAUAGUCGUGAGAUUAGACGAUGUUUCGAAAUUACUGGACAAGGAGAUCGAAUCCUUAGAACAGGAAGUUUCGAAAGAGCAACGGUCACUAGAAGAUCUAUUGGCAGAGUUGGAGAAUGUUGCCAUACCCAAGACUGAAUCUAUUGACAAGGAGAGCUUAAGCCGUCUUAUUGAAUUGCUUGAGAAGUUCGAAUCUCUACAGGAAUGA